GAAAGACUGUAAGCGCCCCAUGCUAUCUGUGCAUCCUCAAGAGGCAGAGAGCUGCGGGGAAGCGCGCUAUGGCUUCCAGUGUUGUCCGAAAUCCAUGAUCCACGGCUCCGAGAGACGAAGACACAAGGAGGCGCGGAAAGGCCUUAAGCGAUCGCUGUCGAGAACGUCGUGAAUAUGCCAGGCAUGGUGUACAGAUCACGCGCCGCUGCCGCGGAUGCAGCAGGGCCUUCGUCAGCACCCAACACCUCGCCGGCCCCGCCGUUCGCCAUGCCUGGAUAUGAAUGGGACGCAGUCAAGAGAAGAUUCUUCAAAAAGGAUCCGAAGGUUAGGGGCGUCGAGGACGGUACCAAAAAGAAUCUCGGCCACAGUGGGAAAGGCAAGCAACCAGCGGACGUACCAGUCGGUCGCAAAAGACGCAAAGUUGCUGUAUACGGCGAUCCCACUUCAACAGUUGAAGUCAGCGAUCUAGAACUCCUCGACGAAAUCGGGUACAUACAACCCAAAGUGCUGGGCGGCGAAUUCUCACCGCGAGUGUCAGGUGAUACGAGCACAUGCAUAGUAGCAGCAGAUUUCACACAGAUCAGGCUGCAAGCACAGAGUGGCAAACUCAUAACGGGGGCUUCUUCUACCGCUAGAGCCGCAUACAGAGAACGAGCACUGGAGCAUGCUGCGAGUCGCAUGCGGAUCGUGUCCUCUCACCACUCAGGUCGUCAGCCGGCCACUUUUUGGACCCAUGUAUGUGCAUUAGCGGCUUGGACUUUUUUCCGUGUGCGCUUUGAGAUAGGUCAAUAUGCGGCUGAUAUGAACCUUGCACCGUCAGAUCUUUCCAGCAGCCUGGUGGCAGUCAAGUGGCGUGUUUGGCCGCAAGAGCGGAGGCCGAAUGUUCAAGGGAAGGCUUUCCGUGGGGUCUUUUAGCUCUUAUGUUCUCUACGAUACGUCGAACGAGGAACCAAAGUUGGUCGCGCAUCUCCGGUGCCACGAAGGCAUGAUAUGCGAUAGUUUGCAUGCUCAGAUGCAUGGUGACAUCCUCGUGUGA